UGUUUGGGCUUUUGAGCAAAAUGGCAAUCCAGAUUUUUCAGCUUCAAUAUUUACAAGAAUGCAACCGCCGAGGCAUUGCCGUCACCAUCGCUGGUCAAGUCUUCACCGAGGAUGUUGCUGACUUUCUGUUGGGCUUCUCCUCGAUGUUCUCCAAUGAAUGUUAGCCAGUGAUAGGUAUGUCCGGUCCGGAUCGUGGGUCGCAAAAGGAGCAUACCCUCCUGGUAUCAAGGUGAUAACUUUUAGCCAGUGAUUCAUGGUUGCAGUUGAAUGGAAAGAGGAUUGGGAUCGUGGGGCUUGGGAGAAUUGGUUCCGAAGUUGCAUAAAGGCUGGUACCAUUUGGUUGCAGCAUUGCUUACUGCUCGAGAAGGGAGAAGGCAACCGUCCCAGACCUUUACUAUUCCACUUUUUUUAUAUCAAUGAGAACGACGUGAUUUAAUAUCCUAGUAAUAAUUAUGAAAAUCAAUUUACAUGCCUCCUCAAUACCAUCACUCUCCUAAUUUUUGUGGUCCUCGCAGCAGUAUCUUCUUCCUUUAAUUUAGCCAUCUUUGCUUGUGUACCAUUAGACCUAUCCAAAUAAACUUGCGAAGAACAUGAACCGUAAAAAUUUGUUUUUUUAGAGAACUUGAGGGGUUCAGCUUCAGAGCUUUGGGGCUCGAAAUGGCCACCGUUAAACAAGAAGAGCUGCCGCUUGUCCUUUUGCGCCGUCCACCCAACUUCCAUUUUCCAUUCAAAGACCGUCUCCAAACCCACUUCCGUCUACUCGACCCGCUGGAUUCGGACCCUCCCGAGUCGACUCAUUCCUUCUUUUCCCGCCACGCUGCUUCUGUACAUGUCCUCCUCUGCGUGGACCCUACACCCGUCACCCGCGGCCUCCUCUCACUCCUCCCUUUCCUCCAGCUUAUCGUAGGCUCAAGCACUGGAGUUGAUCAUAUUGACCUACAAGAGUGCCGCCGCCGGAGCAUCUCUGUCACCAACGCCGGGAAGGCCUUUUCCCCUGACGUAGCUGACUUGGCCGUAGGCCUCCUUAUCGAUGUUCUCCGAAGAGUUUCCGCCGGUUGCCAGUACGUUCGGGCUGGGUUGUGGGCUCAGAAUGGGGAAUUCCCGCUUGGUUUCAAGUUAGGAGGAAAACGAGUUGGAAUAGUGGGCUUGGGAAGCAUUGGUGCUGAAAUUGCGAAAAGGCUCGAGCCAUUUGGCUGUUCUAUUUCCUACAACUCAAGAAGGAAAAAGCCAUCUGUUCCAUUUCCAUGGUUUAAAAAUGUCUAUGACCUUGCAGUCAAUAAUGAUGUUCUAAUUGUUUGUUGCACGUUGACAGAAGAAUCUCGACACAUAAUUAGCAAGGAUGUCAUGACUGCCCUGGGAACGGAAGGGGUAAUAAUAAAUGUUGGACGUGGGGCUCUUAUUGACGAGAAGGAAUUGGUGCAACUUCUGGUCAGAGGUGAGCUUCGUGGUGCCGGUCUCGAUGUGUUUGAGAACGAGCCUGAUGUUCCCCAAGAGCUGUUUUCCUUGAAAAACGUUGUACUGUCUCCUCAUUGUGCUGUUGCAACUCCUGAAUGUUUCGAUGCACUGGAGGAGUUGAUCACAGCCAACCUGCAUGCAUUCUUUUCGAGUAAACCUUUGCAGUCAGUAGUUGAACUUGAAUGAAUGGUUUUCUAAAGAUAAGAAGUCUAUAGGUAGCUUAAUCUUAGCCAGCUUCUCCGAUUGGCAGCGCUUGAACUUAUUGAUGAUGUGGGAUUGUAAUGUCAAAGCUGGAAAGCUAACCUAACCACUAUUGUACAUUGAAUAAGAGAAGAUAUGGGGUGGAUGAGGUUUCUUGUUACUUGAGUUUUAUCAUUUGUUUAAAACUUUUGCGUCUCA